UUAAAACAUACAAGAAUUUAAUUACAUCACGUGCCGGCCACCAACCAAACUCCGCCGGUCAAAACCAACGAGUCAAGAGAGAGAGAGAGAAAACAUGGAUAGCGAAACCCUAAUUGAGUCGGCGAUUAAGGUUCUGAACACAGCUGACCCGUUCGAAAAAGCUCGGCUUGGAGAUUCAAUCGCCGUCAAAUGGCUCCAAGGUGCUAUCUCCGAACCUUACGAUCCCGCCGUCGAUCUCCCCGUCAUGGACAGGCCUGCUCGUCUCACUAACGUGACGUUGGUGUCUCCAAGUUUGAUGCCAAAGCUGGGAAGAGCUGGUAGCUUGCAGAGCAGGCAAGCUAUUGUUCAUAGUCUUGCUCAUACUGAAAGCUGGGCUAUUGACUUAUCAUGGGAUAUAAUUGCUCGUUUUGGGAAACAAGAGAAGAUGCCGAGAGAGUUCUUCACAGACUUUGUUAGGGUUGCUCAGGACGAAGGCCGUCACUUCUCCCUGCUUGCAGCUCGGCUUGAGGAACUUGGUUCUCGUUACGGUGCAUUGCCUGCUCAUGACGGUCUUUGGGACUCUGCAACUGCUACUUCUCAGGAUCUUUUGGCUCGUUUGGCUGUAGAGCAUUGCGUUCACGAGGCAAGGGGGCUUGAUGUAUUGCCCACGACGAUUUCCAGGUUUAGGAAUGGAGGUGAUAACGAGACAGCAGAUUUACUGGAGAAAGUUGUGUACCCUGAAGAAAUCACUCACUGUGCAGCUGGAGUCAAAUGGUUCAAGUAUCUAUGUGCACGGUCCAAGAAUCCUGAAGUUACCAUCAACAGCGUAGAAGCAGAUGAUAUCAAUGAAGAGAUAAUCCAAAAGUUUCAUUCAGUUGUAAGAGAGCAUUUUAGAGGACCGUUGAAACCGCCUUUUAAUGCUGAAGCAAGAAAAGCUGCUGGUUUUGGCCCUCAAUGGUAUGAACCUCUUGCUGUCAAAGAGAGCAGUGCCUAGAGAAAUCAAACAUGUCUUCUUUUUUUUUUUUUGAAUACUUGGUUUGUUUUGUAAUGUGAGACUUUAGUUUGUUGGAAUACAUUUGUUUGACCUAUUUUUAAAAAC